CUUCAGGGAGAACUCUUGUUUUUGUCUGGGGUUUCCUAGCACAGAGCAGGAGAAACACAUUUUUUCCCAUCUUCCUGGAUUAGGGAUUACGUGGGGCUCUGCUAUAGACCCACCAGGAAAGUUUCUGGUCCAGUUGGAGAAUUUUUCCACAAAGGGUGAUUUCUCUGAUGUAUAAAGUGGAAAUUUAGGGGGGAUGCUUUCUUGUUCCUAACAAUUAAGAUUCAUCACAGCUACCUCUAGGAAUUGCAGGACAGUUUAUGUGAACUUCACGACUCAGGAGCAGCAGUGCAGGCAGGACCUUUGGACUUUUCACUCUAUGAUCUAUAGCCUGGGGAGAAGUUGUAUAUCAAAACUUUUUCAUGAACUAGCAGGACUCAGCCUGCUUGGGAAGUUUCAUAACAAGUGUUACUGAUCACUCUAACUGCCAUCAAAAUUGAAGAAAAGGACUCUUGGAUUCAUUGUUCCCAUGUAAAACUGGUACCAUUUACUGACACUUAAUAACUAUUUUUAUUAUUACUUAUAGAUUUAAAGGUAACCUAAGUUCACUUAUUUGAAAAUGUUACUUUCAUUUAGUGUUAUUUGGUUUUCAGCAUUAUCUAUUAUAUUCUCUUUUGUUCCCUCUUCUCAUGACUGGACUAAUGAUAACACUAUCAUUAGAGUUCAUAGACAAAUAGGUAGUAUUAUUCACCAAAGUAAGGCCAUUGGGUCAUAUAGGUGCUGGGUCUGUCACCAGCUCCAUCAGAGCUCUGCUAUAUCAUGGGCAACAAUUCCUGUCCAUAUUAAUGAAACAUUACCACAACUUGCACUUGAGGAGAGUAGUUAUAGAUUGCUAGAUAAGCCAUUUGCCCCUUUUGCUUUUGUUAUAUGUGGCAUUAUUAGUGACAAGUGGAGUCCAUCUGAGUACUCACAACCAGUAUCAGUAGCUUUCAAGAAACUCAAGGACUUCCAAGUUUCAGUAAAAUUUAAUAUGUCCUCUAGAGUAACUUUCAGGUAUUGGAUUUCCCCAAUCCCACUCACUAAACUUUUGCCCACUUUUGACUUGUGUGUUAAGAGAGAUAAGGGCCUAAUGAGUAUUAGAUAUAUGGGAGAUAAUGUAAAGUGUAACCUCACUCUUCCAUUUUCUGAAAAGACAUUUGUCUGUGCUAAGACCCAGCUCUCUAGACCUGGGGAUGGAUCAUCUGAAAAUGUAACUUUUGCAACUGUUACUGUCCCAUCACCAAUAUUCCCAGAAUUCCCAUGGGGUUUGGUGACUCCAGGACAAUUCUACAUCUGUAACUCAUCAGCUUAUUCUUCCCUUCCCCCAGGGUGGUAUGGAACUUGUGGUUUAGCUUACGUGAUCCCCUCAAUAUUAGUUCAUAAUUAUAAUAGAGAUCAAAUGGAAAAACCAACUGCUAGAAAUCUAGGUGCAUGGUGGCAUGCACAAAACAAGAGGUCUGUACCUAAUUCAGUGGGCCCUUCCUCUGCGGUACAGAGAUUCUUUUGGUCUAUUGUGCCAUCAUUUGGAAUGGUAGCAGUAUUGGAUUCAGUUAGGAACAUCUCUGCUGAGGUUGCAAGACUGGUUCAGGACAGAGAACAAUCCUUUACUGAACUAUCUAGUGUUCUUUCUUCGAUACAGAAAAAUAUUAAAUACUUAGCAAGCUUAGUUUUCUACAACCGCUUGAUUUUAGACAGGUUCAAAGCUGCUUCAAGGAGGACCUAUUCCUUUAUUAAUAAAUCUUGUUGCCCUUGCACAAACAGGACAGGGGAAUUGUUCCAAAUGUCCAUGGGCUCCAGAAACAAUGAAUGACAGCAAAUCCAAAGAGACCCAUGUGAUGUCAGGUGGUUUAUGGUGGAACCUCUUUUGACAGGGAACUGGAUUGCUAGUAACUCUGGUCAAAUGGGCCCUUUUCAUUCUAGGGUUUAAUUAUCCUUUUCAGACUUUGCCUUUACUGUUGUAAUAAAGCCUUUAACAAACUUUUACCAAGGAAGAAACUUAUGACAGUAUAUACUGAGAAUAAUAACCAUAUUAAAUAUCUUAUGUGCUCAACUAAUAAGUAACCAAUCUAUUUUUCUAGAACACAUGUAAUUAGUUGUUACCAUGUCAGAUAUGUUUGUGAAAUUAUUUAUGAUGAAUCUUUUUUUGCUAUGCUAUUUUAUGAAUGGUUUUUGGGUUGUGAUUAUGGAAUUACAUCUGAUAACUUAGUUCUAACAAGCCUCAGUCAUGGAGAUUGAAUUAAAAAGGUCAGUUUACAAUCUUUGGAAGCUCUAAUAGCUGAAUCCAUCCCAAAGCUUAGACUACUGAAAUCUGUCAUUUUUUUAAACUGAUUCUUUCUCACUGCUAUUUGCAUUUCUCCUUGUCUGUACCAUGUGAAUUUCAAAACUACUCAACCCUAUUCAGACUAUUCUUUAGAAGAUGGGAUUUAGCUAUUUCCUGAUCAAUAACAAUAGAGAUACUUCAAAUAACAGAAUCAGGUCUUGGAAACUACAAUCUCCACCCUACUCAGGGUAACAAGAUCAGGAAGGGCUGCAGCAAAACUCAAGAUUUAAUUAUUUGAGAAUAUGGCCUUCAACAGACAUGUGCAAAAAGGAAAGACCUCUGGGCGGUCCUAGGUCAAGCUAGAGCCACCAUUGGCACAUGUGAGAGACAGGAAGUGAGGUAGAGGACAGCUCAGAAGUUCUGGGGACUUCCUGUGUGGAGGGAAGAAGGUGGUGGUUGGAGCCUGGUGCUUGGAGUGGAGGAGCCCAGACUGUUUCUCCAUUUUGGUCAUGUGAGUGAUAGGGACUGAUCUCUUUUUUCUUUGCCUCGGCUAUCCAGGGCCUUGAGCCUUUGGCUCAGCCUAAGCAGAGUGGGUAUUUAAGCCCUAUUUCCUUCUCUCCCCUUUCCCUCUCUCUCUCCCCCUCUAAUACUUUUCUUCCUCCUGUUUGUAAUUAAAACACCAUAAAAAGUUUGACUGCUGACUUGAGUUUUCAUUUAGGAAUUACAGAGCUGAAUUCCUUGGUGACCUUAAAUUAAUAUAUAUCAUUCUUUUAAAGUGAUUUCCAUAUCACAAUCACAACAUCCCCUCUCCUAUUUCUUCUAGGAUAAGGAUGAGGAGAAACAAACAGCUUGCUUUAUCUACAGGCACACACACACAUAUAGGUAUGCCACAAAAAAUGGUGACUCAAAGACAUACACAAAACAUUUUCUGUGGCAGCUAUCCUUUGAGGUGAGGAGCCCAAAGAUGGCACAGAACUUACCCCCACAUGGUGGUCAUCAGGGGACCUGUCGGAAUGACCCAAUAUUGCCCAUGAGCUGUUAAUAGACCUAUAGUUAAAGACCCCAAAAGAAUUCCAGCCAAACAGGUUUUUUUUCAAUUCAGACUUUUAAGAACUCAGAGAGGUGAAAGGGGAUCAGCCUUGCUACCUAAGUUUUCUGAAGCUUGGGAACAAAGCAUUAACCACUGUCUAUGGUGACUGGGAGCAACCUAGAUGCAAUAACUAAAGGCAAUGAUGAUUAGACAUGUAAUUAAGGUUUUGAUUGUUUUAGCAGAGUUCUGACUUGUGUUUUGAAAGGUACUUGAGGAUUUAUUGUUAAAUCUGGGACAAGGAUCAGUCAUGAGGUUUCAGAAGACAAGGUUGUCACCAUGAAGUUUAGUCAUAAAAAUCAACUAUUUGCAAAAAGUGCUGUCAACCAUAUGAUCAUGUAGAGGAUAAGGUCCUUAGUAGAAUCUCAUCUUCCGGAGGGGGAGACUGAGAGGAUACAAAGGUACUGAGCAUGUUCUAAUACUAAGUUGCAAAAUUAGGUAUAUGUCAAAAAAUUAUUUUAUUAAAAAGCUGAUUCUAAAGUUAAAUCCUCAUAGGUUCUUUGUUCUAAGAUCUAUUUUCCAAGACAUUUCAGAGAAAACUUCUACCAGUGACCUGGACCAGGAAAAGUGGAUCUACCAGAGAAACUGCUCUGAGGACUAGCAUGAUUCCAUCCAAUAGAAGAUCUUCCCAGAAAUCAGAUAACUGCAUCAUGAGACUCUGAGUCCCUGAAUAUAACAGACUGGACAGUGGUGGUUAGGUCAUCUAUCCCUUUCAUGUCUCCCUAUUCAUGAGGUUUUUUUGUUUGUUUGUUUGUAAGACACUUGUGCCAGAGAAGGAGCACCCCCUAACAGCUCUCUGUCAAUGAGUCAAUCAAUCAUUUUUUAACAUUAUGUUAAGAAAUACCCAAGCAUUGAAGUUAGACCCUCCAUUAAACAUAUAAGUCCUUAUGUAUUCUGGUGAGUCAAUCCUAAAUGUAUAAAUAUUAUAUCUGGAGUGAUUCACUGGGAAAUCUAGGGGUCAGUCUCCCCAAGAAUCAGAGGGGAAAUUGAUCAUUUUUUUUUCAUAAUACAGAAUUAUUUUUAUUCCUGAGUCCUGAAUUAAGGUUUAGACUUUUGCCUCAUUCCUUUGUUCCUGGGAAAUUUGGAGAUGUGCCCCACCCCAGAUAUUCUCUACUCUAAACAGAGGAAAGAUUCUGAUUGUGUGUGUGUGUGUGUGUGUGUGUGUGUGUGUGUGUGUGUGUGUGUGUGUGUGAAGUCCAUCUAGCUAACCAGCUCAGGCUAUAUGAAUCCACAUGUAGCCCAAAUGAGACCAUCAACUUUUCUUUGGGAAUAAUUGCAGAAGUCAAUUGUAACCAGGUAGAACUUGAUUUCUCUCCUUGGUAGUUGGAGAGCACAAGACAGAUAGUGUCUUCCUGCCAUUCCCUAGAGGAUAAGGGGGAUUUGGGAGUCUCAAAGAACCACCUACCCAUGAUGUCUUAGAUAUCUAGGGGAGGUCUGAGGAAUGAACCCCCUAGUUGUAUAUAUGGAUCCUCACAUGGGAGCAGUGGGUCUUUUGAUUACCAAAUCAUUUGACCAAAUUAAUUUUUCUUGAUUGGCCAAUUAAUAGAUUGAUUUAUUAUCCAAAAGUAUUGUCUUUCAGCUUUUUAAAUUGUCACAGCAUCUAGCUAUUGCUUGUUCUCAUUAGACCAUAUAUGUCUGGGGAAGAAUAUUUGGGUAAGAUCUUUUGGGAAAUAAAUUAAUAAGUUGGAACAUCUCAAGGGAAGACAAUCAAGAUUGUCAGGAGUCCUGGAUGCAAGAUGUAUUCAAGUAUGCAAUGAUUAUCAUAUAAAAAAGGGUCUAGUCUUGGUCUGCUUAAAACCAACAGGGAAACCCAAGUAAUAAAUUAGUGAUGGGCAACCUUUUGAGCUUGGUGAGUCAAAAUUUGCCAAAAAACAAAGCAUAACUUAGGUGGUAUGUCACUUUGAGAAAAAAAAAACACCAUUAUUUCAUGAUAUUUGUAGUUUAAAUAACAAAAAUGUAUAAUUGUAAUAUAUAAUUGUAUUUAAUAAACCAAAAACUAAUUAUUUAA